UCAUCUCAAGGUCCGAUACCAACUCCUCCAACAUCUUCUCAUUUCUUAUAAGGUCGCUCAGAUGGCUGCUCAGGGAAGGGGCAGUGCUACCCAAGCUGCAACCACUGCGGCUUCUCUUCUUCUGCUUUGCCUCCUUGUCCAAUUGGACACUACUAGCGCCACUAGCUAUGUCGUCGGCGACGACGCCGGUUGGACCUACAAUGUCCAAAACUGGCCGGACGGGAAGACGUUCAAGGCCGGUGACACACUGGUGUUCAGUUACGACCCAAUGCUCCAUAAUGUGGUCGAAGUUGACAACAAUGGAUACUAUAGCUGCAUGCCUGCUGUGGGCUCUACGAUCUACACAAGUGGGAACGAUCAGAUCACACUCUCAGAGGGUCCUCACUACUUCAUCUGCGGUUUCCCCGGCCACUGUGAAGCAGCCAUGAGGAUUGCAGUGAAUGCUUUUUAGUCAGUUAAGCUUGGCUCAAGGCUUUACUAUAUAUAAAAGCUGUAGUACUACUUAGAAAAGAUCAUUCCUCCUUGUGUAUGCCAAGCUCUAAUUAAUGUUUCUUUUUAUUAGAAUUUAACUUGGAACUUUAAUUUGGUUAUUUCUUUGAGCAAUUGGGGUGUUUGUAGCCAUGAAAACAAGCAAACUUAGGGGCUCUACUCUACAACAGUUGUUUUGA